GAGCUCUGCGUUAGGCACAGCGUCGGCGUAGAAGUUCGUCGACUCGCAGCGUAGCAACAGCUUCGGCAGUCACCUUUUCUUUGUUUCCCAAGUGUCCAGUGUGCAAAAACAACCCACAACAAAGAGUACAAUCGCAGUCGCCAACUAGCGAUAAGCAUCCGGAAACUGGGCCAGCUCCUCACUCUUUGUUCGUCGCGUCGCACAAUGGCGAUCUGAUUCCGCAUCCGAUCUGCUGUUUGCUCGUGUGUUGAUUGGGGGUGGAUUGCGUGCAGCGGGAGAGAAGAUGAAGAGCAGGAGCAACAAGGGUAGGGGCCGGCCUGGCCCGGAUGCUGUCAUCAAGCAGCACAUCUUCGAGCUGGAGCGCAGCCUCAAGCUCGAGCAGAAGUUCAUGGCGAACGCCAGCGCCGUCGAGCAGGCCACCGGUGAGGACGCCUUCGUCGGCAGGGAUGUCGCUGCGAGGAAGUUGCGUUUCCUCAAGACGUGGUUCGAGCUGCCGAGCGAGGCGUUCAUCACAUGCUUGAAUCUUCUGGAUAGAUUUCUCACCAAACUCAAGGUGAAGUCAGCCCACUUGGACUGCGCAGCAAUCAGCUGCUUCCACAUCGCCGCAGGCCUGCACAAAAAAUUAAUCAACGCUGCAGACCUGGUGACCAUCUCGCAGGUGAAGUGCACCGUCAGCGACCUGGAGCGCAUGAGUGACAUCGUGCGCAACAAGCUAGGUCUCACCGAUGGUGAGAAGCCCGUCACCGCCGUCCAUUACGUCGAGCACUUCGUGAAGAUCCUCGAAUGUGAAGCGAGGCAGCAGAGUUUCAAGGCCAACAUUCUACAGGUAAAUAUCAAACAAACACAAUAAA